UUGACCACAGACAAAAUGGAUAGUAGUGGUGCGUUCAGGAGCGUGUCAGUGUAGACUUGACACCGGGACCGGAGCGACACACCUCUCUACGUCGGCUGUCUGGAGAACUUGGACUGAAAGAGACAGAAUCUGCAUCAGGAUCUUUAAUCUCGCUUUGUAGCCCGGCAUGGACGUUUUACUGGACACCUGUGGACGGCGACGAGUCAGUUCACUGCUGUUACUUUACCUCUUUGUCGUGAAGGCUGCAGCUGACUGUCCUAAUCCACAUUUCAGGGAAAAUAUGGUCCCCACCAACACAGCCCUUCUAAUGAAUGAAUUUCUAGAGGAUUCUGAGGUUACUUUAGAGUGUCGUAAUGGAUAUGUUUUAGAAAGUGGCUCUGGGAUUAUGACUUGCGUUGAUGGGAAUUGGACUGAACCAGAUCUCGUCUGCAAAAAGAAGGACUGUGGUCUCCCUCAACCUCAACCGAACAUGAGCUUUAAUAUCAGCGCUGGUACUCUGUAUGGCGAUACAAUAAAAGUAGUUUGUGAUAAAGGUUUCAAGCUCAGUGGAUCAAGCUUCAAAAAGUGCUACCCGUAUGGGUGGAGUGGAAAAGCCAGCUGUAAAAUUGUAACAUGUGCUAAACCUGGUGAAGUAGCCAAUGGCAGAAGCUCAUGGGAUUCUCAAGAUCAUCCAAAAUAUGGAGAAAGCAUACAGUACGUCUGUAAUAACGGAUACACCCUCAUUGGGAAUGAUAGCAUUGUGUGCAGAGAAACUGGUAGAUACGAUUCUCAGCCUCCUGCAUGCGAAGGUGUGACAACAGAUAGAAUUACAACAGAAACAGUAACGCCAACAUCUACACCUACAGCAAAAGAAGCAUCCACUUCUACAGAUUCAUCUGCCACACCCACAGCUCACAGAGCUAAAUCUGUCACAACCAGUGCAACACCUACUGCCUCACCUUCAGUACGAGGUGGCAGAGACAUUUUGACAGCUGAGGGUACAACCACUGUAACAUCAACAACAUCAUCUUUAUUUCAAGACAAACGUGAUGAUGCUGUAGAUACUAACAAGGAUAUUGGAUAUAUGCCUGUGGUAGUCAGUGUGAUAUGCGUUUCAUUAGUUGUGUGUAUAAUUGUACUCUUUUUACACAAGUUUCUUCUCAAGAGAAAAGGCUCAUAUGACACCAGAGAAGACCUGAAGCCGGAGUUAUUACAGUUCCAAAAUCUUUAGAUUGCCUGCCUGACUAAGCUCUGCAAAUGGAACCGUGCACAUCUAUUAAAGAUCAUCUGUGACCCAGGAGGGACGUGCCAGAAAACGAUGGGGGAAGAAAGAAAACUCACUUUAAUGUUAUUGCACUUCAAAUGGCAGAUGAUCAAAUCUGUAAACGUAGGAUAAUUUAAAUCAAGCACUUUUUGUAAUGAUUUUUUAUUGCCAUGCUAUAGUAUUGCUAUUUUGUACAUUACUUAUGUUAUACACUGGAAUAAACUCUGUUAAGAAGUAUGUAAAAUGAUUAUCUUUGCGCAAUCUCAAGGCCAUACGUUUAUGUGUUAUUAAUGUGCUGUUUUGUUAGGACAGACUCAUGAAAAGGUGAUUCAAGAGGCAUACAAUGUGGUUUAUUCAGUUUGCAGACUGAAAUGGUGACUGAUAAAGAUACAAUCAGCUGCAUUCUUCACCCCCUGACUUUCUUUUUGUCAUUGUCUAUUCUUCUGGGGCUCUUUUCUCAAGCUGUCCAAAAUAAUGGGAAACCUUCUUUCAUGAGAAAAGAACCUAGUGUACCUACCAUCAAUGAAUCAUGUAACGCUAAUUACCAUAUUAAUUACCAUAUUAUGUAUGGGGGGGAAAUUCUCAGGAAAGUGAUACAAAUGUUUUUGACUUUAAAUCUGUUACUGAAUGGGCUCAUUGUGCCAAUGGAGCAGAAACCUGUAAACGAUUGUGCACCAUUCAUUGAAUAUGUGCAGGAGGCUGAUUUUGUUAAUGCAGAUAUUGCUGAAAAAAUAUUUUAUAUGAAAGUAUAACUACCAGAUCUAAAUGAAAAUGUCAAUUGUGUGUGCUGCCUUGCACGGCACAGCAUAUUAUUUAAAAGGGGAAAAGUUUCUAUAAAAUAAAAAAACUGCACAUGUUGAAGCAUUGUUCACUUACAAAGUAGCAGCUUUUGUGCCUGAAAAGAGAAAAGUCAAUGGUUGCAUUCACAGUCAUGGCAGCAGUGAAGGACCAAGUUAUUAUCCUGGCAGGGGUGUGGACCAGUACAGAGAAAAGCCCCAUAAUGAAAUGUGGUUACACUGUUUCAUUGUACCCUUGUCUGUUGUAUAGUGCCAGGGGCUUAAAGUGUGCCUUUUUGGAAUCAAUAGAGAACAUUUCUCCUGUCUGCUUCAAAAGAACUAAAUCAUUUUGGGUCAGAUUUUACAGUUCACUUAAGUGUAUAUAUUUGAGCUUUAGCUGGAUUGAAAAGAUGCAUUGAUGGACUCCUUUGGAAAAGAAAAGCAUGGUCAUAAACAGGAUAUGCACUUAUCAUCGUAGUUAUUCAUCUUAGUUAUGUUGACAGACAGCGUAUUUCCAGAGAGGAGGGGUUUGCUGUUUUCCCCAGAGAAAUCUCGACAACAGUGAUGUUCUUUGUAGAAGUCAUCAACCAUCCUCCAAACCCAGCACCAAAAAACAGCUUUUUUUUUAAGUUGAAGCCAUUUGUCUGUGGACCACAAAUUAUUCAUUUGAUUUAAAAGAUAGGGCUGGUGAUAUUCUCUUUUUUCAUUUUGUCAACAAAUCAGGAUAGAAGCUUUUCCCCUUUUAAAAUUGCAACCAUAGUAAUAAUGUACAGGUAAAUAACAAAUCCAUUUUUUUUUUUUUUUUUAAA